CGGCAUCCCUUAUGGGCAUUGGUUCGAGACCUGGCUGCUCCACUUCCGAUCCAGCUCUCUGCUAUAGCCUGAGAAAGCAGUAGAAGAUGGACCCAGUCCUUGAGCCCCUGCACCCAAGUGGGAGAUUGGAAGAAGCUCCUGGCUCCUGGCUCCUGGCUUCAGAUCAGCACAGCUCUGGCCAUUGCAGCCAUCUGGGGAGUGAACCAGCGGAUAGAAGACCUCUCUCUCUCUCUGUCUCUCUGUCUCUCUCUCUCUCUCUGUCUCUCUCUCUGUCUCUGUCUCUCUCUCUCUCUCUCUCUCUGCCUCUUCUUCUCCCUGGUUUAACUGUGACUUUCAAAUAAAAUAAAUAAAUCUUAAAAAAAAGAACAUAUGGAGAAGUCAAUAUUGUCAAGUACAUUGCAUAGUGAAGAGAGUUUUGAGUAUCAGUUAGAUCAGUGUUUCUCAAUGGGACAAUUUUGCUUCCCAGGAGACGUUUGGCAAUGUCUUGAUGACGAUUUCAGUUGUUACCACUGAGAAGUUUGUGCUUUGUCCAGGCAGUCAGCCUAACUUAAGCUGCUUGCAUCCCACACUGGAGCACUUGGGUUUAAUAUUUGACUCCAACUCCAGACCCCACAAUGCAGACCCUGGGAGGCAGCAGUGAUGAUUCAAGUGACUGAGUGUCUGCCACCCAUGUGGGAGAACUGAAUUAUGUUCCCAGCCCUUAGAUUUGGUUCCAGCCCAGUCCUGGCCCUUGCAGAUAACGGCGGAGGGAACCAGUGGGUGGAAGCCCUCUGUAUGUAUGUCAUUUUCUAUAUCUCUUAAAUUAAAAACAGAAAAUAGAAACAUCCUGAAACACACAGGAAAGCCACCAUCAUAAAGAAUUUUGUGGUCAAAAAUAUCAGUAGUGCUGAAGUCCUCAAACCCUGUAUGAGACUAAUAGAUUAACAUUUUGACUCUUUUCAUCAUCAGCUUGGUGAUCUUGGGUAAGUCGCUUAACCUUUCUGAGUCUCUAUUAACACAUUUAUAAACUUACACAAUAAAUACCAACUAACAGCUUCACACAGUUUUGAGCAAUAUGUGAGACAAUAUAUGUGAAACCAGUUUGCACAUUAAAAUCCCUCUUAUGGAGAAUGGGAUUUUUUUAAAAACUGAGUUUGAUGAUUGAGACUUUAUCAGAUGUGAAAAUAUAUUUCAAGUGGUUGAAAAGGAAGGCUAGGAGACCAUGAGGGGAGAAAAAAGGGUGGACUUUCAAGGGUUUAAUAGGAUCUAAGAAAAACUUUAUUACACGUUUUUUUUUAGGACUGGGGAGAAGAUGUGAGCAUUUGUGGGCUGAGGGAGAGACAUGCUGGUAAAGGACAGAUUGCAGAUUCAGGUGGGAAAAGUGCCGGUUACUAGGGAUAUGGUUUUUUAAAAGAUGGUUCAUCACAGGAAGAAGCAUACUUUCUUUUUGUCCUGAGGUGAGAUGGAUGGGAGAGAAACCGAUGAGAGUAAAAAAGUAAAUUUUAGAGGUUGUGUUUGAUAGAUGGAAAGUGUUAGAACCUGUGGAAAAUUGUAAUGGGAAGACCUUGACAUUGCUGGUAAAGUUGAAGUCACUGUUAUCUGCUCGGGGUAUGGAAGGAUGAAUUUCAGUUCUUGGGAAUGGUGAAAGUUUGGAAUAGCUACUGUGGGAAUCAUGGUUGGGGUUUAGGAGAAAAUGAAUAAAUGGACCGCUGAAAAGCCAUAGGACCCACUGAGGAUAUUCAGGACGGAUUUUAUGGGAGCUCUUUGGUAUUAUUUCAUCAUAGUAGUGGGUAGAUAUGGGAGGUCUAGGAAGAAGGAGGUACGAUGAUUGAGGUUAGAGAAAUUCUGCAUUUGGGAUUUUGAAGGUGUGUCCAGUCACAAUGCUGCUUAGGUACAAGGUUUGAUCAUAAUGGUGGGCUGAGAGGCAUUGAAAUGUUCACAAGUAGCCAGCAUGUUGGAGAGUCUUCAGUCCCAGGAUGUCAGGUGAACAUGGACAUUGAAAUCUUCAAGGCUAUCAGAGGAAUGCUGAGUAGACUGCUGAAGUUCAGGUGGAGGAGGACCACAAGAGUUGGUCAAGGCAAUAAAUGGAUGGUGGAGACCUCCAGAAGAGAUGACUUUGCUGACUGAUGAUAGCGGAACAGUAUUCUGGAAGCAGCACUGAAAAGCAUACAGGAAAAAGAAAUAUUUUUUCUUCUGUCCUGCUUUCAGCCGGAAAUGUGAGAUUAAAGUUACUGAAGGAGCAGAUCCAAGAGUCAGAGAAAAAACCAUUUAAUUAUAAAAUGGCAAAUUCUUCCAGAAGUGAAAAGCCCAAGAUAAAAGGGAAAGUUUGCGGCCAGUGUGAGGACAAAGCUGCUCUACUAGUUUGUCUUGAAUGUGGGGAAGAUUAUUGUUCAGGAUGCUUUGCUAAAAUUCACCAGAAGGGGGCACUGAAGCUCCACCGAACAACUCUUCUGCAGGCGAAAUCUGAAAUAUUACCCAGUGUAUUGGACGUGGCCCAUCAAUUUAUAAAAGAAGCUAAUCCAGAUGAACCCAAAGCGGAGAAUACUACAAAAGAGAGCAAUAAAACUCAGAAUAAACCCCAACCUGUACUGCAGGGGAACAGUUCAGGGGUGGAUAUUGCCAUAACAAAGAAAGUAGAAUGUAAAAAUCCAAGAGAGAGGCUCUUGUGUGAAGGGUCAUUCAAUGAAGAAGCUUCUGCCCAGUCCUUUCAGGAAGUGUUAGGUCAGUGGAGAGCCGGAAAUCAUGAAGAUGAGAAACAGAACUUACAUGCAGAAAAACUAGACUCUUUGGGAGCAUGUGAAGUACAGACUAAUCUGAAAAUUUGGAGAGAACCACUUAAUAUUGAAUUUAAAGAAGACAGUCUAUCCUACAUGGAAAAAUUAUGGCUUAAAAAACACAGGAGAACUCCUCAGGAGCAACUUUUCAACAUGGUGCCGAGUACAUUCAUAAAUCCAUGCAAAAAUUCUAGUGAGGCACAGUGUUCUCAGAGGGAAAAUGAUGAAGACAGUGAUGAUCAAUCAAGCCUGGUUGAAGGGACACAAGUACAAAACCCAGCUCUUUUUCUGCCAGUAGAAGAAUUAAUCAUUGAGAGACCUGAGCCAUCUCUAAAGAUAGUUGAAUUGGAUGAUACAUAUGAAGAGGAUUUUGAAGAACCAGGAAACAUUGUACCAUACAAAGUUGAAUUAGCUGAUGCAGACAGUCAACCAAGUUGUACAAUUCAUGAUUAUCAGAAUAGCUUCCUGUAUGAACAUGACAUCCAUCCACAACAUGUUUUAAACAAGGGAAGAACAGUUAACUUGCAUCUUUGUCUGAGAAACAGCUUUACAUACUGCAAAGAUAACUUACAAGCAGCAGGAACUUCAAAUGCAGAUUUUGACAAUGUGGCGGAUUCUGAUGUUUAUUCUGAUAUUGAUAACGUAGCAGAAAGCAACUCUUUUAAAAGAAAUGUAAACGAGAAAAGUAUAGAUGGAGAAAGUAAUCAAAAAUCUGAUUAUUCCUGCAUAAAACUUGAGAACAAGGAUUCUCUGGCAAAUAAUACAGAUUUAGGGAAACCUCCCAUUGAAGAGAAAUUAUCUCAAGAUAUCAAUGAUUCCUUGGAAUUUAGCAAUCUGCAUAAGAGGCCACAUUUUGAAGAUUCUAAAACAACAGAGUCACCACUGUUGUUACAAGAAAUAGCCCUCAGAAGUAAGCCUAUAAUUGAGCAAUAUCAAGGACUUGAAAGAUUCUUUAUUUUUGAUAAAAAUGAAAGAUUCAACUUACUUUCUUCUCAUAGCUUAGAAUGCAGCUAUUCCAGACCUUGGAAUACAUUUGCAGGGGACAGAGAAUGGAUCCCAGACCACAGCCUAAGUACACAUGCUGAUAAUGCAGUUGCCUUGGGUGUUCUGAAGAGUGUCCAGAAUCUAUCUUCAAUAAGAAAACAACAGAAGAUAGACCAGAAAUCACAGAGACCCUCAACAGCAAAUUUGCCAGUUUCCAAUUCUGUUACAAAAUGCUCCAGAUGCCUUUCAUCCUCUCAUUCUCAAUCAAGUAGUGCAGCUGCUCAAUCACUAUCCAGAGCUGCAUCUGAAGUUUCAGAAAUUGAAUAUGUUGAUACUGCUGACCAGAAUGAGCCUUUCUUAGAUGACACUGCUGAUCAACAAACCAUAGCAAGUUUGGAAAAAGAAUUAAAUGUGCAGAGAAAUCUUGCAGAUCCUUCAGAGAAACUUUACAGCCCAACCUCAGAAGAGUUACCAGCCUUCAACAGCCUUUUGCUGGAUCUAAGUCAGACUUCCACAGGCUGCGUUACAACCGCCCAAAUGAGGGGUCCCUGUGGAGUUGAGGAAUGGAGCUCUUCUGGAAAAGAUACUGAAAUCCAGUCUUUGCUGUCACUUUCUGAGAGCAGUACAGAUGAGGAAGAAGAUCUGCUUGACAAGCAACAAGUCAUCACACUACCAUGGUUGGAGAGUACUUAAUGGUCAUUUGAUGAUUACUUUUCUGUUUUAUACCCAAAGUGAAGCCAACAGCUGAAAAAAGCAAAUAACCGAUUACCUGUCCAGGUGCUGGAGAUUUUGAUUAUUAAUGUCUCAAGGCUCGCAAACUAAUAAAAUUUAGUGAAAUUACAAGUUUAAGGGCUUUUCUUCCAAAUUAUAUAAUGAAUGACAAAUAAUAAUCUAUAGUGUAUGUCAUUUUAGUAAAAUUUGCUGAAUUUUAAGAAAUAAUAGUUAAGAUAAUGAGAUCUGUAGUAGCAAUAUUAUUUUGUUCUGUUAUAGGUUUUGACAUUUAUAGAAGUUCUGGUAGCUUUGAAAGUUGAUGCAAGAAGAAAAAAUGAGGACCCAAAAUAAAGUGUACUUAAUACUUGUCAUACUGUUUUGUAAAAUGCAGGAAAGAUCCCAAUCACCUUUUUUGGGAAUGUCAAUGCAAUGGUUAAUCUUAUGUAUACUCAGGAAAAUAAUAAUAAUAAUAAUAAUACACAGGAAAAUACUUUGCUGGUGUUGUCUAGUAGUGGAUCCUCAGAUGGAUGUUCAAGGGUUUAUAUAAUCAUAAUAUUCAAGGGCUUCAGAAAGAAAGCAGGAGAAGACAGAAGGGAGUUAGUUUUGUGGUCACUUUGUGUCAUUUUACCACAAUUUUCCCUUACAGGAUUUAUUGACUGCUCAGAAAAAUAUCCUGGAGGGCUGGCUGUUUCACCACAGCAUGACUGUGCCUUGGGGUUCAAACACUCUUGUUCUUUUUGAUUCUGGAUAGUGACCAGUUUUAAAAGAUUGAUGAUUGUUAAGUGUAGAUUGGUCUUCGGUACUUUUUCAAGGUCAUCAAUAAAUUGUACUGGAAUUCCCACACUUCAUUUGCUGAUGGGAUAGACCAUGAUGAUGAAGAGAUCAAUAUUGUUUCUCUGUAAUUUAAUAUCAAAUGGGCCUUUAUUGAAAGUGAUUAACAUAAGUGGACAAUAAGAAAUAAAAAAAAAACAGUCAUUAUCAGAAUAAAAUGUUGCAA